GCCAGAUGAACUACACUUCCCAGAGAGCGCGGGGAGCACCCCCUGCCGAACGAUUUCUAGCAAGCACCGCCUUUACUCCCAGAGUCGGUGCAGCUGUAGAGGUGACCUGACUGCUGCAGACGGCCUUUGCAGGUGCAGAAAUCGACCUUGCAGUCCCCAACAAUGUCUGAACCAAUUAGAGUCCUUGUGACGGGAGCGGCUGGUCAAAUCGCAUAUUCACUGUUGUACAGUAUUGGAAAUGGAUCUGUCUUUGGUAAAGACCAGCCCAUCAUUCUCGUGCUCCUGGAUAUCACUCCCAUGAUGGGCGUCCUGGACGGGGUCCUGAUGGAGCUGCAGGACUGUGCCCUCCCCCUUCUCAAAGAUGUCAUUGCAACCGACAAAGAAGAGGUUGCCUUCAAAGACCUGGAUGUGGCUGUCCUGGUGGGCUCCAUGCCAAGAAGGGAAGGCAUGGAGAGGAAAGACCUCCUGAAAGCCAAUGUGAAAAUCUUCAAGUCCCAGGGCACAGCCUUGGAGAAGUAUGCCAAGAAAACGGUUAAGGUGAUCGUUGUGGGAAACCCCGCCAAUACAAACUGCCUGACAGCCUCCAAGUCAGCCCCAUCGAUCCCCAAGGAGAACUUCAGCUGCCUGACUCGCUUGGACCACAACCGAGCAAAAUCUCAAAUUGCGCUCAAGCUCGGUGUGACUGCCGAGGACGUGAAGAACGUCAUCAUCUGGGGAAACCACUCGUCAACUCAGUACCCAGACGUCAACCACGCGAAGGUGAAACUGCACGGGAAGGAGGUUGGCGUGUAUGAGGCCCUGAAAGAUGACAGCUGGCUCAAGGGAGAGUUCAUCACGACCGUGCAACAGCGUGGCGCUGCUGUCAUCAAGGCUCGGAAACUGUCCAGUGCAAUGUCUGCUGCGAAAGCCAUCUCAGACCACAUCAGAGACAUCUGGUUUGGAACCCCAGAGGGAGAGUUCGUGUCGAUGGGCGUGAUCUCUGAUGGCAACUCCUAUGGCAUUCCUGAUGACCUGCUCUACUCGUUCCCUGUCGUGAUCAAGAACAAGUCCUGGAAGUUUGUGGAAGGCCUCCCUAUUAAUGAUUUCUCACGUGAGAAAAUGGACCUUACUGCAAAGGAACUGGCAGAAGAAAAAGAAACUGCUUUUGAAUUUCUUUCCUCGGCAUGACUAGACAAUCAUGUUACCAAUAAGUACCUCAAAGCUGAGGAAUCAAAGUGUCGUCUUUGAGCCUAGUACCAAACAGUAAUAAUGCUAUACUCAAAUCGUGAACAGCAACAUAUUUUAAACAUCAUGUGCUCCGUGGUGCAGAUUUGUGAAAGUCUAUCAUGCUCUUAGUGCUGUGAUCUAAAUAAAAAUAUAUUCAAGUGAAA